AUGUCACAACCACAGUCUGAAUGGAACGUCCAUUUCCAGAGAUACCUUAUCACUCUAUGGGACCCACAGUACGAGCGCAAUUACUGGAAGCAUUAUGUUGAAGGCCAAGGUUGGGUAUUCUUCGACUGGGUCCCUUUACACACACGCAGCGACUCUCUGCAAACAGUGACACCAUCCGCAGGCGGUCCCGCAGGUUACGGGCGAGGCGAAACGAUUCAGGGUAGCUAUCAUCCGGGGAAUCCACAACUUAGUAGCCACUAUGAGUCGCUUGAUCCUUCUUUCUACGUCAGACCCGGUGCCUUUUUCGAGGAAGGAAAGGUCUUUGCCGUUCUGUUCACUGAGUCGGCGGGUGCUAACGCCCUGAACCCUAUGGCCGACUACAACACCAAUCUCUCUAAAGUAAAAUACAAUGAAUACGUACACACCCAGGUACGAAGAUUUAUCGUCACCAGACGUAGACGUGAGUUCUGCUUCGCCGUCCCGAUAUUCUCUUAUGGCAACAGGGGCACCACCAAACGUGGGGUGGUUGCCAGUGAGCAUGCCAUUGCUUAUUCUUUUGGAACGGAGCCGCAACUGGUAUAUGGUGAAGUGCCGCUCAUAAAGGCUCCAAUUCCUAUCGUCAUGGACGCAGACGCCGAUACGCUAGUUCCAGCAUCCAGGAUAUACUUCGCCAUCCACCACCCAAUCCAAUAUAACGUCAAGGUAAAAAGCCUCGGCCAUGUGCACCCUGAUUACCUGCCUACCUUCCUUGGAUACUGGAACCAGGAAAACUCCGAUUCAAGGCAAGACUUGGAUGUGACCAACAAUACGGACGAUGUCUGA